UAAGCAACCAUAGGCUAAAAGUUUUGUCUAUGACAAUUUCUUUUUCUUGAUCCCGGUUGGAAUAUCAUAAAUGGCUCCACCACAGCCCAAGGCGGCGGCCAAGCCCGCUGCAGCCCCCGCGGGCGGAGUCAAGAAGGCCAAAGUUGGCAAACCGAGGAAUUAUGACCUGGGUAAUGGAGUUGUUCGUUUCUCCCAGUCGAAGAUGUUCCACAAGAAGGCUAAGUACAAGUUUGUGGGCAAAAAGAACCCGAAGGCUGAGAAACCCAAGAAGCCCACCACAGUGGUGAAGCAGAUUGGUGGUGAGAAGAAUGGAGGCACCCGUACCGUCCUUCUCCGUCGCAGAAGGUCUUUCUACCCUACCCAAGACAAGAUCCGCACCAGCUCGCACCACAAGACGUUCAGCAAGCACGUGCGCCGGACGAGGCCCCACCUGACCCCCGGCACAGUGUGCAUCCUGCUGGCCGGCCGCCACGCCGGCAAGCGCGUUGUGCUCGUCGGAGUGCUGCCCAGCGGUCUACUGCUUGUCACCGGACCUUUUGCUUUCAACUCAUGCCCCCUGCGCCGCGUGCCCCAGCGCUACGUCAUCGGCACCUCCACCAAGGUGGACCUGGGCGACUUCAAGCUGCCCGCGCACCUCGACGACACUUACUUCAAGAAGAACAAGAAGAGUGUCAAGCGCAGCGUCAAACGCAAGCAGGGUGAAGACAUCUUCGCCACCAAGAAAGAGAAAUACGUGCCAAGCGAGCAGCGCAAGGCAGACCAGAAGUCAGUGGACGAGGCGGUGAUUAAGGCCAUCGGCAAGCGCACGGACAAGAAGCUGCUGCGAGGCUACCUCAAGUCGGCCUUCGGACUGCGCUCGAGCCAGUACCCGCACCGCCUGCGGUUCUAGUUGUAAGACGACAAUAUAACAUCUAAAUACUACCAAA